UAGAUAGGGUCGAUCUGUGGAAUGGAUGCUUAAUAAGUUACGUUCUGCGUUGCUUAUAAUCACCUUUCCUGAACUCUUUUGUAACACUUGCUUUUAAUCACUACAGAUUACAGUGGUUUUGGAGAAAUUACUGAUUUCUUGAGUUUAACAUUAUAAAGAACUAUAACAACGAUGGAAUCAAAUGACAGGAAAAAUGUUUAUCUUACAAAAACCGGUGAUAAUGCUUUGAAUUCUGGAAUGAGGGACACAAUGAUUGUUGGUCAAACGAAUAUGACACCAGAAUGUGGUGAACCUGUAAUGAAACCUGGAAAUGUAUCCAGUGUUUCAAAUAAUCAAGCAAAGUGGUCAAAUACUCAAAGUAAAAAUUUUAUUAUGAAUGCAGUACCAGUGAAAAAUGAAAUUGUCCACCUUGAAGAUGGAGCACAUUGCAAUAAGAAAAUGUAUUAUUAUGAUAGACAUUACACUGGCCAUGAAGAAACAGAGAGACCAACACGCAGGGGAACAAAAAGAUACAGAGAUAAAGAUGCACCCAAAAGGGCAUUGUCUGCCUUUUUCUAUUUUUGCCAAGAAUUACGUGGAAAGAUGAGGGAGUUACAUCCAGAAAUGGGAGUAGGAGAUAUUGCCAAAGAACUUGGUAAAUUAUGGAUGAGCACAGAUCUUCAAACUAAAUCAAAGUAUAUGGCAAUAGCGGAAGAGGAUAGAGCCAGAUAUGAAAGAGAAAUUAUUGCAUACAAUAAAAGAGUAAAAAAUUAUGACCCAGAAGAAGUUGGACCUGUUUAAAUUUUUGAAUCUAUUAAGGAGCAAGGACAGUGUACUUUGUCCUAAAUCAAGCAC